AAGCAACUGGGACAUAGCGGAGAGCGAAAAAGGAGAGGAGGGGGUAGAAGAAAGAGGAAUUAAAAAAGAAAAGGAAGAAAGAUACAGGGAGGGAGGGUGCGAGAGAGAGAGAGAGCGCGAUAAAAAAAGAAAGAUGACAUCCUGUGAAUUGAAGCGCCGAGGUGGAGCGUCGGGCUGCGGCCGGGCUCGAGUGUUAUUCUUCAGGGUCAGGGUUUGAAUUCUACAGCGAGGCUUCGACCUACACUCGAUUGGCCUGUCGGGGAAAUCGAGGGGAAAACACAGAUUUAUCCACAGCAGACUUUAAGUUUUACUGUUUCAAAUGAGACAAUCGCAUUACGUGUAACCGUUAUUUUAACGUCUAUAUGCAUCAUCUCCUGUUUUAUAAUGCAUGGUAUUACAGUUUGGAAAUUGAUCUUAACACUGGUUUCGUAUGCAUAUAUAGUUUUAAAGUAAUUUAAAUGGAUAAAUACUACGUUAUUGUGAUUAACGGUUCGCAAAUAAGGGUUAAAUAGCAGCAAAGUGAAAAACAGUGUUCACAUUUGCCUGGAAAUCUGGGUUGGUUAUAAAAAAAGGUUUUAACCUUUGAAAAAUAGCUGAAACCACUUCUAAACGUUCAUUAUUUGCAAAAUACAGACGAUUUAAGGGACGCCAAUGAGGCGCUAUUAAUCAUACUAUCGUGUAGUUGAUGAUAUUCAUCGGUCUGGAACAAAAUGGAUGCCGCGUGGAGCAAUUUUCUAUUUCAGACCACACCUUCUCAGUCCCAAGUGGAGGGCACCCUCCAAUCAGAACUUCUGACUGUCCACACGACCUCUCCUGAAACCCCACCCACUGAACACAUUGCCCCGCCACCAUCGACAGUGGACACUGCAGUUCUCAAUGAAGACCAUGUACCUGAGAAACCAGUGUCCAGACCAGCCCGUGCGGCUCAUAUCUGCUCCAUCUGUGGCAAGCAGUUCAAGAACAGCUACAACUUGCGGCGUCAUCAAUCCGUCCAUACUGGUAUCCGCAUGAAGGGGAGCUCCCAGAGCCAAAAUGCUGUGGCCAAAGAGAGUACAGAAAGGCACACAGUCCCUCUCUCUCUCCUCCACCUCUCCAUGCCCCAGCAGCAACCCCAAACACUCCCUCUUCUUACUGUACUGCCCCCUCAACACACACAAGUUCUGGCCACUCAAGAUGGAAACGAAAUUGCCAUGGAGAGUGUGGCAUCCACUGUGACCGCCCUCCCGCCUCCUUCACCUGUUGUCAUAGCAACAGGGGAGUCUUUACAGAGGCCAGUAAACCAGAACCCCAACACUGUGCGUAAAAACCAUGCAUGUGAGACCUGCGGUAAAGCAUUUAGAGACGUGUAUCACCUGAACAGACAUAGGCUCUCCCACUCAGACGAGAAGCCAUUCUCCUGCCCCAUCUGCCAGCAGCGUUUCAAGCGGAAAGACCGCAUGAGCCAUCAUGUCAAAUCCCACCAGGGUGGAGUGGAGAAGCCCUACAUUUGCCCACAUUGUGCUAAAGCUUUCUCAAGGCCUGAUCAUCUUAACAGUCAUGUUAGACAGGUCCAUUCUUCAGAAAGACCCUUCAAAUGCCCGACAUGUGAAUCGAGCUUUGCCACACGGGACAGACUGAGAGCACACAUGAUCAGACAUGAAGAAAAGGUUCCAUGUCACAUUUGUGGCAAGCUGCUGUCUGCUGCCUACAUCACAGAUCACAUGAGGGUGCACAACCAAUCACAGCAUCACACUUGCCACCUCUGCAAUCGCAGUUUCACCACACUGACGUACCUGCGUGUUCACGCUCAAAAGCACCACGGUCAGGAGUGGAAGGAGAGCGGAGGAGGGUUUGGCACCUCAGGGUCUGGCGGUGUUCUGGUUUGUCAGCUGUGUGGUGUGCACUGCAAGACCCCCACACAGCUGCAAGGCCACAUGGGUACCCACAAUCCCCCAGUGAGUGACCCCAACCCUAUUAACACCACCACCACCACCAGCGAAGCAGUGCCGGGAAGCACGGUCACUUUGUGCAACAUGGUGUCGACACCUACAGUGUUUGUCAGUGGAAACACGGUUGUGGACCUGCUAGUGACCGACUGCUCCAGCAUCAUCCCGCAACCUCAAAGCUAGCAGAGCAGGCUUGAACUACACACAAGCUAGUAACAAUAUUUACAACGGAGCAUAGUUAAACCUGUAUGACUCAAAAGAGCCAUUUGUGAUUAAACACUAAAGAAGCCAAGGACAAACUGUGAAAGAAAGGAAUUUUAAAUGAAAGUUCAUCAUGUUUUUAUGACAUGCAACACGUAUGUACAAUGACAACUGCUGUAGCAUGACGCAUAUUGAAAAAAAAUACACCUGAAUGAUGCACAUAACAAGACACGUAGUUGCAAAACACUUAUCCCUCCUAAAACUAGUUAGUUUUUCCAAGUAAUAUGUAUAUUUUCUGGUCUUGCUGAGGGGGCAGGAGGACAAUUUUUGUCUUUCAAAGCGGUCUUGGCUUGACCAGAGGGAUCAGGGCAUAGUGAUGGACAAAGACACAAGCAGAGAGCACAGUUUCUUCAGUGUAAUGCUAACAGAAAAAAGCUUUCACUGACUUGAUUCACUUAGUUGCUUUCUUCUUUUUAUAUGUUUCGUUUGCAUUGCUACUACAGGACUUCUUGAUGAUAAUGUGACUGUGUAUUUCUACUGUACAUCUUCUGCCCAUUGUUAUCAUUGGCUAGACCUGUAAACCUGGCUCAGGAUGGAUUUAUAAGGAAAUCAACAAUUGAAAGAAGGUAGAAAAGUCGCAGAAAUCCAAGAGUUAAACUUCCAAAUUAUUUUAUUUAAUGGCAUGGUCUUUACUAGCAUGCACACACUAAGUGAUAUGUGUAGUUUUUGUUGUGUGUACUGAUAGUAUCGGUGCAGUACUGGCCAAAUAACUAAACUCGUGUCAGUAUAACAAUUAUCCAGACUACCAAAAGUAAAUUCACAAGUAUUAAUUUAGCCACGAGUUAAAUGCUUGUGGAAGAUUGUGAUAAAUUCUGCUUUUUGGGUGAAGGUUCAGUUUGUUCCAUCACCAAGGAGCAGUGAACGUGUUGGUUUGAGAAAGUGACCUUGUAAUUACUGUGAUGGCACAACCUGGCAUCAUUUGUUAACUGCCCACAAAGGACAGGAGAUCAAUUGUAAUACAUUUACGAAAAGUUUAAAAGUGUCAGGUGUUUUGCGUGAAGAAGAUUGAUAACAAGGAAAUCGCAUAAAUAGCAUAGGGUAAAGUGGCCUAAAAUAAAUAAAAUGAUCAUAUUUUAUGAGAAACUAUAGCUGUGUAUUGUAAAUGCUUAAGUUUGUGCUUGAUGUAAACACACCCAGAAUUGAUUUUCUAAAGUAUUUGUCAAAAACUAAUACUAAUUUUAAAAACAAAAUGGAAAAUCGAUUUCUAUUUUACAGUUAUAACAGUGAUGUUUGCAUUGAGUAUAAGUAUUUGGCCAUGACUGUAUGUGUGGAUGGAUAGGCGUUUGGUGGAUUUGAUAGGCGUGUUUAGUGGCUUAGUGAUACAGCAAUCCCCUUGUCUUUUAAAAUGUUCAUGUUUUUCGUCCUCUGUUUCUCUUCUGUGCUUUUUCUGAUAUAUAUAUAUAUAGACCAUGAUUAAAACUUCAAAAUCUCCACCUGAUUUUUGGAUCCGUUUAGAUUAGUGCUUCUGGAUGAGGCCCUGUCUCUGACCAAUUUGGAGAUCUUUGUACAAUUAUGAUCCUGCCUGUGAAAACCAAGACUCAUAGCAUCAAAGUUUAAUUUCACCACAUUGAUUUAAAUUUUUGAUAUGACCUUACUCUGUCAAUAUUAAAGAUACCAAGGAUAUAUUUUCACAGAAUGUUCUUUACAUUAUGCAGGAUGAUUUGAUGUAGACGACAGUAAAACACACACAAAAAAAGACUUGAGCUUGGUUUUUACUGGCAGGGUCACAAAUUCUAUGAUCCUAAGCCAAAAUUGGUAGUCUUGAAUCACUUGACAUGUUCAGCAACUGUUGAUUAAUGACUAUUGUGAUCGGUUUUUAGCUCUGAUAAAGAUUUGGAGCCACAGUCCUGCAGUGUUGCUUCCUUUGCCUACUUGCUUGUGUCUGCUUUUAAACAAGACUUUGCUGUUGUGCAGUCUGACAUUAAUGACAGCUGAGAUCCCACAAUGAGACAUGACUUGUAGCUGGGAUUGUAUUCGUACAGUUUAAGAAACAGCAAUUGUAAUGGUCUAGAAAAAUUGCGUGCACCUACUUUAUCCUUAGCGACUGUCCAUCAAAAAUGAGUGCAACUGUUGUAACUGCAUUCACUAAGAAUAUUAUCAAACAACUUAUUCGUAUAUGAUGUUUUCAUUUUUUUCUGGUUUGAAUGGUGUGUUUAAUGAAGGGCUUAAUCAUAUUUGUUUAAGUGUAAUUGAGAAUAACACCGAGACAUAACACUCUUUACUAGGUCAAGGUUUCAAAACAGUAUAUAAAAAAAAGAAUUGUCUUGCUUCCUGGAUUUGUACUGGAGUGUUGGAUCAGUUUAGUGUUGGUACUGUAUACUGAUAUACCUGGUUAGACAUUAACUUCAUUUUAAAAUGAAACUUGUUCUUCCUGUUUAAAAAUGUAGUUGUUUUUAUAAAGGUAAAAUUUUAUUUAGGUUCUUUAUAAUUUAGCGUUGAUAUGAAAUAAUACCUCUAAUCUCUGUAAGCUCUGACAAUGCAUCUUAAUGCCAUAUUGUACACUACCACAUUUAAUUCGUCAAACUCUGAAACUAUUUUAAAUUAUUGUCAGUGAACAGGGAAAGAACCAUGAUGGGAUGUAUUUAUAUUUAUAUUUUUAUAUUUCUCCGCAGUAUGCAUGUCUAUAUACAGAGCAAAACAAAAUGUUGAUGCUUACCAUGACCAUUAAUAUUGUUAUUAUUAUUUUGUAGAUUAUGUUAGACCAUGUUAUCAUUUUGUAAUUUUGACUAUUAAAAAGAAAAUUAGGUAAUUCUCUCUGGCUCAGGCGACUAGUAAUGUGAAAAUUUGAGUGCUGAUGUGAGCUGAUGUGUUUGUGUGUAAGAGGUCUGACCUUGAUUUUUCUGUUUCCAUUAACUUCAUCUAUAAAAUUAAUCCAUAUCAUUUUACCAAAACUUUCUGAAGUUUAAAUGGGGCUAUAUUCACUGAGAAAACUGAAGUAAAAUUGUAGAUUAAA